UGCUUGUGGCCCGUGUGCCGCGAGCACAAACAACCGUUCCUCCGCUGCGACCUAAGAUUACCAGACAAAACACCUGAAAAAGACAGGUUUCGAUUGGCCAUCAGGCUUUCCCGGAACAUACGAUGGAAAAUGGGCCGGUGUUAUUUGACAAAGCCAAUGUAUUCCGUAGCAUUGGGCUGCAAUGGUAGCCGAACCUAAAGUGGCACCAUGCUCUGGGGAAUCUUUAGCAUCCUCAGGGGGUUCUGAGCAUAUGUCUGGCUUUCCGCAUUUUAAAGCUGUCUGUCUUUCCGCCUUUAGUACCCACUUGCAUAUUUUUCUUUUCACCUUAUCAAAUUACGUCUAGUAGCUACUUUCAAGACUCAUAGAACAACGACUACUCAUACAAGCAAUACUUGAGGUUCAUAUCGCAUUAUACAAUCACUCAAUCGCACACUGAACACCAAUUACAACAAUGGGUGUCGAAAAGGUCGUCGUGAAGUCCGGAAAUGGCACAGAUGUCCCUAAGAAGCACGACGAAGUCUCCAUGGAAUACACAGGCUGGCUUUACGACGAUACAGCGCUGGACCAGAAGGGCACACAAUUCGACUCGUCGAUAGGUCGCGGCGAUCUCAUCACACCAAUUGGCGUUGGUCGCGUCAUCCGAGGAUGGGAUGAGGGCAUCUUGGGAAAUAGCUCGAGUCAACCCAUGACGUUGGGCGAGAAAGCUACAUUGGUCAUCUCAAGUGACUACGGCUACGGCGACCGAGGUUUUCCCGGGCAUAUCCCUGCGCAUGCACGGUUGAUCUUUGACGUUGAACUCAAAUCUAUCAACGGCCGGAGGGCGUAAGAAGCCUCGACUUGGCUUCUGCGAAGACCAUGCUCAAGAUCGAUUAUCCUAUACCCCUAGGGCCACCCACUACCAGAUAGACGAUCAGCCCUACGCUUUGGGCGCUUCUCUUCAACUUUGGACUUCUUGCAAUACCCUAAAGCUCUCAUAUCCCGGGCUUUUUUUCAGCUGCAAAUCAAGCAACGAUACCGCAACCGGCGCAUC